GAUAUUUCCAUGUCUUUUCUUUCGGUUGUUAAGGCAAACAAUGUAAUUUGGCAACAUUGAAGAGUUUCUAUACUAAGCAAUAUGCAUCCUAGAAGUUUGUCCAGAUGGACAAUGAUGCCGUCACCUAUAUUUCUUCAUCCACCAUCUUCGAUGAACAACAUUAAUCCCACUCACAAUAUUCUGAGCUUGUGUUGUGCCUCAAAAGACAUGAACUUGAGCAACCAAAAAGGUACAAGCCUUUGGUGUGCAGCAAGGAGGCAAGUUAGAUUCCAGGAUGAUGAUGAGUAUGGGCACAAUGAGGAGAUUGCUCAGUUGGAGUUCUAUUCUCAAUCAGCAAGAGGGGAAGCAAUCCUUGUUCAUGCACUUGUGGACCAGGAGGAAGUAGAUGUGCUUAUCUUCAAGGGGUUCUCUUCAUGCUUGAGCUAUAGUACAUCCCCUGACCCAACAAGAAGCAUUCUUCCAGCCAGGGCAGUGAUAAUGUCCAUCGAUAGAAUCAAAGGGCCUUUUGACCCUGCCAAUAUAGUGUAUCUGCAGAAGGACGUGCCGUGGGAAGAAUUCAAGACAAAUCUUCUCUCUAAAUUAGAUAGCAUGUGAUUUACUUCUUCUAAUAUUUUUUAUUUAAAAAAAUGAUUUUUCUUCUAGACCUUUAUGGCUCUAUUUCAUUUUGGUAGCUUCCAGAGGCGAGAUAAAUGGAUUUGUUUCCUCUCCUUAUUUUUAAUAACAAAUCACGGCCUUAUUAGAAAGAAUUAGGGCUAGAUAUUGACUGGCCCCAAAAAAAAAAUUGGAGUGUCUUAGUUUAAUCCCUCAAUUAUAGAAAUAAGUAGGAUCAGCCAAAUGAACUACAUUGGGAACAAGGAUAACCACCACCCCCAAAUUUCCUUUCCUAGUGUUUGAAGAGUAGAUCAGCCACCAGUGCACCACCCUUUUGGGGUUCUUCCUCCUCUAUGAAAGGCUUCUUCUUCUCGUAGGUAUGUGUUUCCUCCUGCAAUAUGUGGGUUCCCUUCUAUAUUAGGUGAAUUUGUUAUCCAAGUAAGUGGGUUUUCCCUUCAUUUUAGUGUAGUUUCUUCUCAUUCCUUCCAUGUCUUGGCCAUCUACUAGGCACUGCCUCCGUCGUCGCAUUCCAACGAUCCUAUUUUUCGUCGCUUCGUCGUUGUUCCGCCAGUUCCUCGUUGCCGCUUCAUUAGCACCUCGUCGACAAUGUUGUUGUGCCCACUCAUUCCAUCAGUUGCCUCCUCCUUUGCUCCAAUAUUAUUGUGGCCAAGUUCACUACUUCAUUGUGUUCACCUCCACCCCUACUGCCUUCAUCCCAUAUAUAUCUAAAUUUUCUUCUACUGAUUUUGGGUUCUAUAUAAGACUGCCCUUUCUCUCAUAAUUCCAAUGAUGUCGUUCUUACCUCACCUUGGUGCAGCUGAAGCCGCCCUAUUGGCUUCCUCCAUUGUUGCAUUACUAGCAACCCCAGCAGAGCCGAUUGAGUUGUUUUAUUUGGAGCGCUGAAUAGAAAGGAAAGAAAAAUAAGCUCAUUUCCACUCAUAUUAUAUCAGUUCGUUAGUUUUUUACUUUAGGGGGUUUACGAUUUUAUGUAUGGCUUUUGGAUUUUUACAUCAUGUAUUAUGCAUCAACUUAAUUGUAUAUUUUAAUGUGCAUUCUUGUGCUUUA